ACUGAUUGUAGAGUAGUGACAGUAGAAAAGAAAAAACAGUGUUUACUCUGAGUCUCUGACAUAAUGAAUUUGGAAUCAACUUUGUUGAUGCGCAGGGAGGGUUUACGUGGGAGAUCACUGAGGAAGCUACCGUUUUUAGCACACGCAGCGCUUGCAGAUCCCAAAACAGUCAUGAUCCAAGUAAGUUCUUGUGUACAAUACAGCUUAGAGAGAGAGAGAGAGAGAGAGAGAGAGGUCUGAACAGCCUGAAUGACCAUUUUUUUUGGUGAGGUCAUAAACAAAUAACAGUGUGGAGAUGGUUUAUUGAGAAUUAUUGAUUCUGCUUUUUAAAACUUUGAAUGCGCCUUCAUAAGUUGUUCCAACACUUCCCCCUACAUAAGAUAAUGUUAUUAUAAAGGAUGGAACACUGAACAAAAGUCAUCUCAUCUGAAAAUCUAAAGGGUAGAAAGAAAAAAACAAGAUGAGACAGACAGAAGUUAGUAGAUUCGGAAGGCUGACGUUUCGCCUUAAUAUUUGCUUCGAUCACAGAAAGUCUCCCAAAUGGAGAAGAAAACAGAUGAGGAAGAGACUAGAGGCUAAAGAUGAAAACGAAGAAGAAGUCAAGAAGAGAGUAGAGAUGAUGAAAGCAGCCGCACAGGCUUGGCUCAGCCGCUCACAGAACUCAGAAAGCAAUGUUCUGGAGUUCGAGGAGGCGCGAAGAAAGCAAGCUUUCGUCAGAGGUAAACCUUCACGUUUCAAAAUGGAGGAGGCAUUGUUGUCUACUGCAACAAAGAAGCAUCCUCAUCCCUCGUUCUUGGUGUGGGAAUACGGACAAUCUUUGUGGGAUCCGUACGAGAUUCUUUCCGUCUAUAAGAAACUGGAACGCGCACUCACGUUAGAAGAAUAUAAUUUCUCUGCGGAUAAUGCCAUCAAGAAGAAGAAGAACAGGGACAGCAGAAACAGCCUUAAGAGUUUGCGUACUAGUUCGUCUUCGAGGAGAUUUUUAACAAACUCAUGAUUCUAUUACUCCAAAAAAAGCGAGUUCAGUACGAGUGUCUUUUAUUUCCUCAUUUGUUUGCCAACAUUUGCAGGUGAGAUUGCUUUUGAAACUUUAAUUGAGCAUAAAUGGUAAAUUAAUACGUUCAAAAAACAAAAAUGUAAAUACGUAAUAGGCCUGGGCAUCCGGGUCUUCGGGUCGGGUUCGGGUCGGGUUUUGUCGGGUCCGGGUCUUUCGGAUCCUCGGAAUUUAGACCCAUAUGGGUAUUUAUAAUUUUCGGAUCGGUUCAGGGUCGGGUCUUGUCGGGUAAAGGUCGGUUCGGGUCUAGAAUUUCAGUACCCGUAAAACACCUAUAAUAUUCGGGUAUUGUUCGGAUCCGGGUCGGUUCGGGUAUAUAAAACCCCAAAAAACUCGAAAUACCCAAACUAGACCGAAAACUCGAAAAGUACCCGAAAAACCGUAAAAGUACCUGAAUAUUUACCUAAAAUCAGACCUGAAAACUAAAAAAAUAUCUGAAUACCCAAAUUAUAUUUUCUGAAAAUCUAAAAUUACACUCGAAAUUUGAAAUUAUACCCGAAGAUACGAACCUAAAACUUAAAAAAAAAUUAGAAAUACCAAAAAUAUACCCAAUCACCCAAAUAUACAUAAUAUAUAAAAUAAAUCUCGGGUAUUUCGGGUAUCCGAUCGGGUCUCGGUUCGGGUCCGGGUCUUACCCGAGACCCGCGGAUCCAAAAUAAAAAGACCCAUAUAAGUACUUAUAAUUCUUCGGGUCGGUUCCGGGUCGGAUAUUUUCGGGUCGGUUCCGGGU